AUGGUUUCCCCACUUCGGGCUCGUCAGCCUGCAAAGUGGGAGGUGGCCUCAACAAAUCAGAAACUGGAGUCCUACUAUAAUCGCAAGCACGGUGCAAAGUGGCGACAUUCUGACAUCGAAAAGAGCGUGUCGGUAAAGGACUAUCAUGGUAAUCGCGUAUCCUGGAGUCAAGGCGAAAUCACUCGGCGAAUUGGAAAUGUCAUCUAUGAUGUUGAGGUUGCUUGGCAAACGUGGGUUCGUCAAGCAAAUCAGUUGAAACAAGCUUAUUCACGACCCGCUGAUAGGGUGAAUGUGCUCUAUCUGAAG